AUGGAUACACCCAAUAAUAUUAGCUAUGAACAAUACUUACAGUCGGCUGUUAAGAUUGCAAGAGAAGUAGGACCAAAGAUUUUGGAGAACUACAGCAACCGUGAUAAAAAAGUCGAAUAUAAAGGUGCUGUCGAUUUAGUCACUGAAACUGAUAAAAAUACUGAAGAAGCCAUCAUCAAGGCAUUGACAACAGAGUACCCACAUACAAAGAUUCUAGGUGAAGAAUCUACAAAGGAUGGUAUUUACAAUUGGGGUAACGAGCCAACUUGGAUCAUUGAUCCAAUCGAUGGUACAACUAAUUUUGUUCAUAGAUUCCCAUUGUUUUGUGUAGCAAUUGCUUUAUCUAUUAAUAAGGAAAUCGUUGUAGGAAUGAUCUACAGUCCAGUGUUGAAUGAAAUGUUUACUGCCACCAAAGGAGGUGGUUCUUAUUUGAAUGGUGUAAAAUUGGAUGUUACAAAUGUUGAUAAUUUGCAACAAGCUGUCAUUGCAACCAAUGUCGGUUACGAUAGAUCUGAAUAUGGAGUAGAGUUUAUGUUAAGUAAUAUUAAGAAUAUUUUAUCACAAAAUGUACAAUCAAUAAGAAUGUCUGGUACUGCAGCAUGGGAAAUGGCAAGUGUUGCCUGUGGAAGAUUAGAUUGUUUCUACGAGUGGGGUAUUCAUCCAUGGGAUAUUGCUGCUUCAUCGAUUUUGAUCACUGAGGCUGGUGGUGUUGUUUUAGAUCCAUCGGGUGGACCAGUUCAAAUGGAGGGUAGAAGAGUUUUAUGCGGAAAUCCAAAGAUUUGCGAUCUUGUUUCAAAGUGUCUUGGUGUAAGAAAGCCACUAUAA